UGACAGGAGAGCUUGCUGUCACUCUCUGCUCUCCACUGUGUGAGGAUACAACAGGAAGACAGCCAUCUGGUGAGGAAGAGAGGACCGUCGCCAGAUACCGGACCUGCUGACACCUUAAUCUUGGACUUUCCAGCCUCCAGGAUGGCCUGCCCUCAGUUGUUCCAGGGUAAAGAACAGGGGCAGUGCCCACACCCACGCUGUUGGACAUUUCUUCACCAUACCAGUGAGGGUGUAUGUGUCCACGCCCAGCUUCCUGCCUGUUACUCUCCACAAUGUGCCAAGAAUGCCUCUGACUUGUAGCCCGGUGCGCCUUCUUUUGCUUCUACUGUUGCUACUAACAGCCUUGGAGAUCAUGGUUGGUGCUCACUCUCUUUGCUUCAGCUUCACUAUAAAAUCAUGGUCCAGACCUGGACAGCCCUGGUGUGAAGCACAGGUCUUCAUGAAUAAAAAUCUUUUCCUUCAGUACAACAGUGACAGCAACAUGGUCAAGCCUCUGGGCCUCCUGGGGAAGAAGGUAAAUGCCACCAGCACGUGGGGAGAAUUGACCCAAACGCUGGGAGAAGUGGGCCGAGACCUCAGGAUGCUCCUUCUUGACCUCAAACCCCAGAUAAAGACCAGUGGUCCUUCCACUCUGCAGGUCAAAAUGUUUUGUCAACGUGAAGCAGAACGAUACUGGCAGUUCGCCAUCAACGGAGAGAAAUGCCUCCUCUUUGACACAAUGAACAUGACCUGGACAGUAAUUAAUCAUGAAGCCCGCGAGACCAAGGGGACAUGGAAGGAAGACAGAGGGCUGGAAAAGUAUUUCAGGAAGCUCUCAGUGGGAGACUGCGAUCACUGGCUCAGGGAAUUCUUAGAGCACUGGGAGGCGAUGCCAGAACCGACAGGUUAACUGAGCCUGGCAGGAGAAUGAGGCAGCUCCCUUUAAAGGUCAAAAGCCUUCCCUGUGUGGGUGUCAGCGUGUGUGCAAUAGAAAAUUUGAUUGACUUCUCCGUGGGCUUCCUGACUGGAGAGUCGGUGACGGCCAUGAGGAUUUCCCACCAUCCUCCCUUUCCCAUCCCACCUCCCACUGUUUCUUCCUCAGUGUAGAAACCCCUUCCCAUCAACCAAUGAUCCAGUCACCAAUGACCCACCACUAAAUGGUUCCAAGUCUAUCUGUGUCAUUGCAAACAUCCAGGCCUUUUCUCCCUCUAUUAUAAUUACCCUUCCACUAGCUCUAAUGACACUUCUUAGGAAAUUCCCCACACAGAAUUGAGCAAGACCUAUUGUGUCAUCCUCCAAACAGUUCUAACCACAGUAAUCAUGUGAAAUUGUGUGGUAAUCAGGUGGACAUUUGCUACCUCUCUCAGCAGAAAUCUGAGCUCCAUAAGGACAAGGCACAACCCCAUUCAUCUUCAUGGCCCAGGGCCUGGUAGAGUGGCUGUCACAUGAGCCAGUGAUUAUGUGGGGCACCAUGUGUUCCUGGGGAAAGCAGGGGCUGAGGAAAGCAUAUUUUUCGGUGUCACAGGGCUUCUGCUUUGUUAUUGUUGUUGUUUAGUGUCACCAGUAAAUGCUUCAGAUAUCCACAGGUCUUCCUCUGAGCCUACCAGAUACAUGGAUCAUCCUGGGGGCGUUCAUCUUGACAGUCUUAAUGGGAAUUUUUCUCAUCUACGUCAUGUAGGGAAAAGAAAGAGCAAUCUGACUGCUAUCGUGUCUAUGUAGAAAAGGAAGACAUAAGAAACUCCAUUUUGACCUUUACCCUGAACAAUUGCUUUGCCCUAAGAUGCUGUUAAUUUGUAACUUUGCCCCAGCCUUGAGCUCACAG